CUAUCCUCUCCAUCCGCCCUCCAUCCAUCCCAGCAGCUUAUUUGCCACAAAUAUAUCAGUAACGAGACAAUCACUGUAUCCAACAUCCUCCAGUCUGGCGCAGGGGAACUGUAACAUCUAGUUCGCUUCUGGUUUCACCUCCCCCGGAGUAUCCCAUCCAACCGACUCGACCAGAAAAUGGAGGAUUCCUAUUCACCCCGCAUUCGUACGCCUCAUAUGAAUCAUCUUCACCCUUCUCAUCCUGCCCACCAGCAUUCACAUUCGCCGAGAACUGUGUCGAUAACGAUGGAGGACUACAUUGCGGACGAUAAUGAUAGAGGAGAUGGAUUGGGUAUGGGUGAAAUGGGUAUGGGAAGUGGUUUUGGAGAAGGAGAUUUCGGAGAAGGAAUGGGAAUUGAUAUGGAUUUUGCCACGUCCGCUCUUACUCCCACUUUAUCACAACACUCGCUCUCUCGCCCUCCGACUAGUCACAGUCUUGCCGAUGCUCCUUCAAGCGGUGGUCUCAAUUCAUCCGCUUUACCUUCCAGUGGGGGGAUGAGUGGCACUAUGCCAUCGAUCGGAUACGGCGCUCAGCAACAUCAGCAUCGGCAUCCUCAGGCGCAGCAACAACAUCAACAUCACGCUCAUCAGUCUCAGCAGCAACAGCAUCCUUCCCAACCUCAUCCCACCUCCCAAUCAAACCAACAAAGCCACCCACACGCGCAUCAUCAAGCGUAUUCUCAGCCACACGCCCACACCCAUACCGACCAUAUGCAGUCCAUGCACCCUAAUAGUGGAAUGGACAUGUUCCAGUCAGAGACGGGUUUAGAAGAUGAAGACGAUGAAGAAGAUACUCGAGCCAAACGUCCCCGCCCAAACACUUCCCAACCCUUCCAUGCCUCCCGCGCACCUUCUCAUCCUCACUCUAAUUCCAAUUCCCAUUCUCACGACCCCGAUGCGGAAAACGAUAAUGAUAACGACAACGAUGUUUCCGACAAGGACGAACCCCAACGACGUAAAAUCAAGAUUGAAUACAUACCUGACAAGUCUCGUCGACAUAUCACGUUUUCGAAGCGGAAGGCGGGUAUCAUGAAGAAGGCGUAUGAGCUGUCGAUUUUGACAGGAACGCAAGUGUUGUUAUUGGUGGUAUCUGAGACUGGGCUAGUCUACACAUUCACGACGAACAAGUUGCAGCCUUUGGUGCAGAAGUCGGAGGGCAAGAAUCUUAUCCAAGCAUGUCUCAACGCUCCUGAUGGUUUCGGUCCCGACGGCGAACCUGUCGGACCCAUGUCCGCUACGAAGUCGAAGAAUGGUGGCUUGGCGAUACGACCUCACAAGUUACCUGCUGGAGCAAGCGCGGCAAUGGCGAAGAGUCAGGCCUUGUCAGCCGAGCAGAAUGCCGCCCAGCUUCAAGCUCAUGCCCAAACACAAGCUCAGGCGGCACAAGCCCAUGCCCAAGCUCAAGCGCAGGUGCAAAUGCAGGUGUCAGCCGCAGCACAGGCUCAAGCAACUGCUCAAGUUCAAGCUCACGCGGCGGCUAAAGCAGCCCAAGCCCAAAGACAACAAGCUCAGAUACAAUCUCAUGUCCAGAAUCAGAACUCUUCUCCGAAUCCGAACCAGCCUGAGCUCAGUCGUCGAGAGCAACAACUGAAAUCACUCUCAGCGCUCGGUAUAUCCGCGACACCCCCUACGACUUUGUCUACUCUUCCUCCAUCCUCGGCUUCGAUACCUUCGUUACCUUCUUUACCUGGAUCGGGCUCAAUGGGUUCUGUAACGCAAGUUCCGCCUAUGACUUCGUCUGGGCAAGGAGGAGGUAUGGGGAGGACCCCAACGCCAAGCCAACUGCAUACGCCUACAAUGGGACAUGGGCCACUCGGUCAAGGUAUUUCAACGCCUGUUACACCUCGCGCCAACGCCAAUAUGGCCGCAAACUCCAACAAAAACAACUUGGCCAAUGCCAACCACUCGGUAUCCGUAUCAUCCCCCGCUAAUCGACCAAAGAAGCGGCUCCCUUCCCGCCGACGUCAAGCUUCUACCUCUUCAGCAGUCGGCGAGAUGGGCAUAAAGUUGGAGCAAGGAAUGGAUAUACCGCCCGUGCCGAAUUUGCCUGCUGAAUAUGUAGGAUCCGGCCAGGCGAAUGGGUCGUCACCUGGUGCUAGCGGAUCAUCUACUGGUAAAGGCCUCAGCGGAAAAGGAAAGGCCCAAGGUUUGGGUAUAGGUAUUGGUGUAAGCUCCCCUAGGAUCGCGAGCUCUUCCGGUGCAGCGAGCCCCAAACUGGGAUCAGGGGUAGGGGUGAUGACCGGCACAAUUGCGCAGAGGAGAGCGGAAGCGUCCGCGGCAAGGCUGGAGAGGAUGGGUGGGGAGAUCGAUUCAGAGAUGGGCGCUCAACAUAGUCAGCAUGGUCAUCAACAUCAACAACACCAGUAUCAUCACCAGCAAAAUUCGCCUUUAUCCCCUAUGUCAGUCUCGACAUUCCAUUAUCCUCCUGAAUACCGCCAUCCCUCUUCUCAUGCGCAUAGCUACGCCCGCACUCUUCACCAUUAUCCUCAUGCUGAGCACGGUCAUCUUCAACCCCAGGCAGUCUCUGCUACCCAAGCACAAGCUCAAGCAGACGUGGAGAAUGCCUACUACUACGGCACUCGUUCACCAAAUUCGCAAUCGCUCUCUGCAGCUGGUCUGGGCGACAUGCGCCACAUAAGUGACAUGAACGAUAUGGGAGAGAUGGGUGAUUUGCGAGAUAUGAGGGAGAUACGAGAUAUCCGCAAUAUGGGAGAUAUGGGCGAUAUGGGUGACAUGGGUAAUCUGGGUAGUAUAAGCGACAUGGGUGAUAUGGGUGAUAUGGGCGAUAUGGGCCACUUGCGUGAGAUGGAUGGCAUGGAUAUGGAGAUAGGAAUGUUUGGCUCAGGUGAAGAGAGGGCAGGGAGGGAAGGAGGGAGGUUGAUGGGUAUUGGGAUGUAAAUCGUGGUGUCGAAAGAAGAGAACCGGGCGAACGCCACGAAGAAUCGGUUGUUUCCCCUUUCCAUCUUUUUGGCAAGGCUAUUCUAUCCGUUGGACAAUAACAACUUUCUUCCUUUGCGUCUUUUUUCUUUUUUAUCUUUGUGCUCUUUCUUUAUAUUCUCGCUAUCACUUUAAUGUGUUUGACUAUCUCAACUUUUCGAGUUCAUCUAACUGCAGUUAUCAAGACAGUACCAUGUAGAGGUUGUUCGAAAGAGUCCUUGGUGCGGGGAAAGUGGGAAGACAAAUCAGUGUAUUACUGUUCCUUAUGAGUCUCAUUAUUUUUAUAUGAUAUGUUUGCUUAAUGUGUGUGCG